AUGAUGGAGAGGAUAAGAAAAGAGAUGAUCCUGAUGGAGAGGGGUCUGCACAGUCCCAUCGCAGGGAAGAGACUCUCAGACGCGGCGGGCAACUCGGUGCUCGAGGCCCUGGAAAACUCCCAGCACGGAGGACGUCUGAGCCCCCGCAUCACCUCCGCCUCGCUCCAUGGAAGCCACUCGGACGUUCCCAGCAAAGGCAGCAAGUUCGAGAUCGACAGUCUGUUCGGGCCGCACCACAACAACGAGAACAGCUCCUCGGCGGAUAUUACAUCCUCGGAGAACAGAAAGAAAAUGAGUUUGUACCCGGAAGUCUCGCAGGAUUCUGAUAUUAACAGCGAUGUGGAGGUGGGGUGCCCCUCGCAUCGCUCCCCGAGCCAGCACAAGGAGAACAAUAAAGGGUUUUCCGACAGUAAUUCUGGAACCUCCAGCUCCAACUCUAUGUCCAACCUCAACGGGAACUCAAUGGGAGGAUCCAACAGUUCUAACGCCGAUCAGGUCAGACGGUACCGGACUGCUUUCACCAGGGAACAGAUCGGAAGACUGGAAAAAGAGUUUUAUCGGGAAAAUUACGUUUCGAGACCAAGAAGAUGUGAAUUGGCCGCAGCGCUAAAUCUGCCAGAAACUACAAUUAAGGUGUGGUUCCAGAACCGGCGCAUGAAGGAUAAGCGGCAGCGCCUGGCGAUGUCCUGGCCCCAUCCGGCCGACCCCAGCUUCUACACCUACAUGAUGACGCACGCGGCAGCUACCGGAAGUUUACCGUACCCUUUCCAUUCCCACAUGCCUCUACAUUACUACCCGCAUGUCGGUGUCACAGCGGCAGCAGCUGCCGCGGCAGGUGCCGCCUCGUCACCUUUCGGCACUUCCAUCCGCCCUCUCGAUACUUUCCGCGCGCUUUCCCAUCCAUACUCGCGCCCCGAGCUCCUGUGCGGAUUCAGACACCCCGGACUUUACCAGUCGCCCGCAGGCCUGAACAGUUCCGCCGCAGCAGCGGCAGCCGCGGCGGCGGCAGCAGCGGUGUGCGUGCCGUCGGCAUCGGGGCCUUGCUCGUGUCUCAGUUGCCAUAGCAGCCAGGCGGCGAGCGCGCUGGGCUCCAGGAGUACCAGCGCGGACUUUACCUGCACAGCGUCCGGCCAGAGGUCCGAGAGUGGAUUCUUGCCCUACUCCGCCGCGGUGCUCAGCAAGACGUCGGUGCCCUCGCCGGAUCCACGAGAAGAGUCUUCCCUGAAUAGAUAA